CACAGUAGUCAUACCUUUCUACCUAAUAUUUUGAGUUGUGUAUUGAUCAUUAAUGUAGUUCUUUGAAGUCAUUCUCAAAUUCUCUAUUCCAAAAUGACAUGGGAAAACUGCGUAGUUAAGCUAAACAGUGAUUCUACUGGAAGUUUUUAUUCUGGAGAUGUUGUAGCCGGCUCAGUGAUAUUAAAAUUCAAACGGAAACAAAAGAUAGAACGAAUAGAUUUUGUAGCGUGUGGUUAUAGCAAAGCGAGUUGGACAAGGCCCAGUGCAACGUUGCCACAUAUAAAAUUCUAUUCACAGAAGAAAAAGUUGCUCCACAUUACCAUCGACCUAUUUGGCAACUUACAAGGUAAAACAGUGGAACAAGGAGAAUACGAAUAUCCUUUUUGUUUCGCACUGCCGAAUGAUUUACCUUCAUCUUUUGAAAGUUCUAUUGCAAAAGUGCACUAUCGUAUCAAAAUAAAAUGUAGUGGCGAUUGCAAACAUAAAAAAACGCUACCAUUCAUUGUUUUGGGAAAUGUCAAUCUUAAUCAUAAAGAAAUAUAUUUGCUACCGUCCUAUCAUGAAAUAAAUAAACGUUUAUGGAAUACAGGGAACAUUUCGUUAACGAUCAAAACUUACACAGGGUUUUCUUCAAGACAAAAUAUACCUAUCGACGUAACAAUAAAUAAUGAAAGGAAUGUUAAAUUAUAUAAACUCAGUGCUUCCUUGAUUCAGAAAUUAAAGUACAUUGUAACGGAAGGCUAUGCUGACGAAGAAAAAAAGAUAUGCAAAGUAUUUAAAAAUAACUUUCAAAAUGAGAACAAAGAAAUGUGUCGCCUGAACAUGGACAUUCCACAUUUAGUACCAUCCAGCAUACAUACCCAAAAUCCUAUGGUUGAUAUUUCGUACAUCCUUAGGAUACAACUUCAAUUUACAUUUCGUCCUACGGACCUAACUGAAGAUAUACCUGUUAUUGUUGCAACAGUUCCUGUACUACAUACUGAAUUUAACGAGUUUUAAUCUAUACAUAAAAAUGAAUUCCUAAUUCCUUUGGUCAC